UUUAAGGAGUUCAUACACACAACAAAAUGGCGCAGUAGCCAACAUUAAAUUGCGAAAUUUGUGUUCAAGCAACAGGUGCAUAUUACUGCCGGCAGUGCAGACAAAAUUUCUGUGAGAUGUGCAAACAGGCGCAUCUGAGGUCAAAUAUUUCAAAAUAUCAUACAUUACUAAACAGUAAAGAAGCGUUCACGGAAGACAAGAUAAAAUGUGAACAUACAGAAAAUCACACAUUUAUGUGUGUGGAUUGUGAUGCUCCUUUAUGUAAAGUUUGUCUUGUCAAAGACCAUAAUGGGCAUAUAAUGGACGAUCUGGAUGAAGUAUUUUUGAAUUUACACAGGCAAGCAUCUGUCAUCCUUCAAGGGUAUAAUCUGAAUUAUAAGCAGAAAUUUUAUAAUGUUUUAGAUAUACGAGAUUCGUAUAAUAAAAAAAGUGAAAAUGUUGAGAAAGAGAUAUCGGAUCAAGGUGAAAUAUUUAAGUCUGAAAUUGAUAAGAAUGUUGUAACAAUGAUAACAGAAGUAAUGAAGGCAAGAGACACGUUUUUCAAAACAUUUCCGUCUAACGAUGCUUGCGAUUUUGCACUGUGCAAUCUACAAAAAAUGCAGGAAAAACUAGAUAAAACUGUUCAGAAAAAAGAAUUGUCGUUAGCAAUUGUGGAACUGAAAGAACAACUUUGCCGAAUUGAAGCUAUGAAAGCAGUGGAGCCAGAUGUUCCAAGCAUUCCCCUUGUACAAUAUUUCAACCAUACUUUGAAUCAAAAUACAACUAUGGAUUUGAUGGAAACUGUUAAUUACUAUCUAAUGCCAGAACCAAGAGAAAUUCUACUGAAGAGGGAUUCUUCUGGAUUUGGGUUUUCCUUCAUUGGUGGCAAUAAGAACAGCACAGGUGUAUACGUAUCACAUAUUCUUUCAGGUCAAUCUGCAGACCACUCUUCUUUGAAGAUCUUUGAUCGCAUCACCUCAAUCAAUGGAAAGUCAGUAAAGGGUUUAACAAACUUAGAAAUAGCUGAACUUUUGCGAAAUUCAAAUGACAAUGUGAAAUUAAUUUUUUUCCCAUUUUUGUAAUGCCAUACUGUACUUAAUAAGUAUGAUUACGUAAAUUAUACGAGGUCAACUCUACUUUCAUGUAAAAAAUGUAUUGACAUGGAUACUGUUAUUUUUAAUUACUAUUGCAUUGAUAUAGAUUUUUAGGGACCACAAUAACUUUAUUAUAUUAUGUACUAUUUGAAUAAGAUAAACUUCCCACAAUACCAUUGUCAAGUACACGUUUAACUUCCACUGUAUAAAGACGUAUCGAGAUACCUUUUUGUGUAAACCGAGAUAUGUUUUUUUCAUUAUAUUGUUUUCUUGUGAUAUAAUCGUGUUAAGAUAAUGGUAUGCACCAAGUAAUUAUCGAGCCAACAUUUUAUUGUGAAAUUCCUCAUCACUCAUUAUUAUCCAUAUUUUAGCAUAUCAUGAAGUGAGUGAAAAUAUUUUGAAAGCUUCCGUUAUCCAGUAAGCAAAAUUUCUAAAUUGCAUAAACUGAAAUACACUCAAUUUAAGCGUAAAGUUUUGGAUUUUGAAAAAGGGCACUAUGAUUGCUACUAUGAGGAGUUAAGACAAGUAGACUGGGAUACAUUACUCUUACUUUAAAUAAAGCUAAUACUAACAAUGAA